AUGCAUGGCGCGGGUUGCCUGUUGUCUCCUCUGGCCGCCCGCGGUCCGGCUUCAGCUGAGCCUAUCGCGGGCAUCCCAUCUACAUGUUUCCCAUCCCUGACAGGAAACGGCGAUCGGCUAGUCGCUUUUGGGGGCUGUCCCGGCGCGGGAGCUUGCAGCAACUCAAUCCAUCCACCACAUCACGACUCGGGUUGGAUCCAAUCUUGGCACUCGAGGGCGGUAGACAGCAGCGGCUUCGAGGGGGAGGAAGGGGGAGAGAAGGAGACUGCGAGGCAGCAACCCAACCCACCGGUAGCGACACGGAGCGGCGAUUGCGAUUUGCAGAUCCAAGGGGGACCGACCAUCCGGGCAAGGGGGGAACGCCCGAGGAGGAGGGUGUCCAUCUGCAGCCCUCAAUUUAGUUGGCGCACCUUUGGAAACGACUGGAGUAGAGAGCGUCGAGUGAUGAGUGUCGGUGGCCGGGGUUCGAAGCAAGUUAGGCAUGCCGAGGUAAUACAUAUCUAUGAAAAGCACCCGCGCUCGGCCCGUUACCAAGGCCCUGACGACUAG